AUGGCAGCAGACCCUCAGGUCUCGGACAAGAUUGAGUCCACCGCCCCAACAAAAAUUCCCUUCUGGCGCUUGGUCUUUGACCAGGGUGUCGUCACGCAAGAGAUUAUCGAUCACCCAUACCCCGGUUCAGGAACAGACGAGGAACCCUUUGAAGUAACAUGGAUUCCCAACGACCCUCGCAAUCCUAUGAACUUCAGUGAGACGAAAAAAUGGACUUUAACCAUGCUGGUGGCCGUCGCAACAUUGGCUGUUUCACUGGUAUCAUCUGCCUAUACUGGCGGUCUCCGGGAGAUCAUAAUGCAGUUUAAUAUCGGGCAAGAACUUGCUACUCUUGGUGUUUCGCUUUUCGUUCUCGGUUUCGCGAUUGGACCAUUGCUCUGGGCUCCACUGAGUGAGCUGUUUGGCCGCCAAAUCCUCUUCGUUACUACCUACGCUGCUCUCACAGCUUUUAAUGCCGGAGUCGCAGGUUCCCAAAAUGCUUGGUCCAUCAUCAUCCUCCGGUUCUUCGCUGGUUCCUUUGGAUCCUCGCCUUUGACUAACGCUGGUGGUGUCAUUGCGGACAUGUUUCCCGCUAAGCAGCGAGGUAUCGCUAUGAGUUUGUUCGCUGCUGCACCUUUCCUCGGCCCCAUUAUCGGCCCCAUCGCUGGUGGAUUCAUUGGUAUGAGUGAUGGCGGCUGGCGAUGGGUCAUGGGUUUCCUUGCCAUCUUUUCUGGUACGGUUUGGAUUAUAGGCUCUUUGACUAUCCCUGAGACCUAUGCGCCCGUGCUUCUCCGUCGCCGUGCGGAGAGACUCUCGAAGCUGUCGGGCAAGGUCUAUCGGAGUAAGCUUGAAAUUGACCAAGGCAAGGUGUCUCUCAAGGACUCCUUCAAAGUGUCACUGUCCCGUCCUUGGAUUCUUUUGUUCCAGGAGCCUAUCGUGUUCUUGCUUUCUCUCUACAUGGCUAUUGUCUACGGUACCUUGUAUAUGAUGUUCGCUGCCUUCCCUAUUGUUUACCAGCAGACCCGCGGUUGGAACCAGGGUGUUGGUGGCCUCGCCUUCCUCGGUAUCAUGAUCGGCAUGUUGGCUGCCGUCGUCUACUCCCUCUGGGACAACAAGCGCUACAUCGGGGUAUCCGAUAAACAUAAUGGAUUCGCACCCCCGGAGGCACGUCUCCCGCCUUGCCUCAUCGCAUCCGUCGCAAUCCCAAUCGGCCUAUUCUGGUUCGCAUGGACCAACUACCCCUCGAUCCACUUCAUGGUCAGCAUCGCAGCCGGCGUCCCCUUCGGCUUCGGAAUGGUCCUAGUCUUCCUUAGCAUCAUGAACUACCUCAUUGACUCCUACACCAUCUUCGCCGCCUCCGUGCUAGCCGCCAACUCUGUUAUUCGUUCCCUCUUCGGUGCCGCUUUCCCCCUCUUCACCACCUACAUGUAUAAGAACCUGGGUAUCCACUGGGCAUCAUCGAUCCCAGCCUUCCUGGCGCUUGCCUGCGUGCCCUUCCCAUUCUUGUUCUACAAGUACGGACCCGCGAUCCGUAGCCGUUGCAAGUUCGCCGCUCAGUCCGACGCAUUCAUGCGCAAGAUUCAGGAGCAGGUCUUUGCCGCGCCGGCAGAAGAUGAGAAAGUGGAAUACGACCGCACAGAGGCCCCUGCGCCCGAAGGCUCACUCUCCAGCGAGUCUCAGGACGGUGUUGAAGAACUUCCCACGGAGCGCAUUCGCAGCCGUGCGCAAUCUGUCGCUUCCAAUCGCACUACUGGCUCGUUGGCUCGCUCGGUUACCUAUGAGGGAAACCCUUACGAUAUUGACCGUGUCCACACUCAUGUGGUCUUGGACAUGACCCUCCUCCGAAAUGGCCUCUUAACCAGGGCCUCCACCUCACCCUCAACCUCCACUCUCCGCCGACCGAUAACCCCCAGAUCCCAACCCCAGGUAUUGCGCCGAACACGCCCACAACGCCGACACAACUCCAACCACUCUACAGGGAAGACACCUGCUGAGAGAAAUACCCCACCUACAAACCCACCACACUCGCACCAUUCAAAUGCCUCAACUCUACCCCAGCUGCCAAACACAACCCCCGCCGCUACAGCGGCAGCCGCAGCUGGAGCAACGACCACACCGGUGCGAAGUCGCGGAUUCCGCGAGAUGAUAAAGGCCAGUCCGGUCGGAAAGUUUGGAAGAUGGUAUGCGCGCGUGCAGGAGCGCAAGCCGUACACGACGCAGUUCUGGAGCUCGAUUGUUAUCUACCUGUGUGGUGAUCUGAGCGCGCAGAUGCUGUUUCCUUCCGAGGUUCCUGCGCCUACCACAUUUGAUUCUGAAGAUGGGGAUGUGGUUGCGCAGGGGGAUGGGGGCACCGUGAGCGCUGGUUAUGACCCGCUCAGGACUCUGCGCCAUCUGUGUGUUGGGGCUGGAUCGAGUAUUCCGUCUUAUAAAUGGUUCAUGUUCCUCGGCAACCAUUUCAACUACCCGAGCAAGUUCCUCUCGAUCUUGACGAAGGUCGUUGUGCAGCAGAUGUGCUUCACACCUGUCUUCAAUACGUACUUCUUUAGCGUGCACUCUCUGCUUGCUGGUGCGACUCUUGACGAGACCUGGGAGCGGUUGAAGAAGGCUCUCCCCGUGAGUAUCCAGAACAGUGUCAAGCUCUGGCCCGCUGUUACUGCGUUCAGCUUUAUGUACGUCCCAGCGCAGUUCCGGAACGUCUUUUCCGGGUGCAUUGCGGUUGGCUGGCAGACCUAUCUGAGCUGGUUGAAUCAGAAGGCUGCUAAGGAGGUUGCGGCCGCCGAAGCGCUUGCUGCGGCAGAGGGGAUGGGUGUUGUCGCAGGCAUGUCCUGCCCAGAGAUAAACGAGGAUGAGUCUGACUACGGAUCCGACUUCACUCCAGAUGAAGAGGAUUUGUUGAACAGUUUGCUGAACAAAGCUGUCGCGGAAUACGCGACCGACGCCGACGCCACUUCGACCUCGACACCAACCUGGAUCUCGACCCCAACGCCGAUCGAAUACACCACCACGCCAAAAUCCCCCGAACUCGCCGAACUCGAGUCAUUGCAACCGGAAGCUCUAGAGGCACUCGUUGCAGAUAUCGAGGAUGGUAUUGAGCCAGCUAGCGUUCGGCCGCCUAAGGUGCUGGGUCGGGCAGGGCCUCGCUCAGCAUGGCGGCAGUCGCAGCCUCGACCAGGUCAGGCGGUUAGAUCGGGCGCGAGUGCGAGUGCAAUGGGGAGGUCAAGCCCGCGCGCUGGCAACAACAACAGGCACAGCCCGUUUGUCCCAUUAUAUCCAACCCGAAUUGAGCUGACAACAUCUUCUCCGAAGCGUUUAGUCGAGAACUCUAAUUCAACCGAGGGCCGAGUAAAAGAACGCGAGCGCAAUGCAGCGCGCGCGCUCGAAUGGACACAACAGGAUCCCGAAGCCGCGGCGCUCGAUACUCGAUCCCCCGUCGAACGGUUCCGGCAAGCACCUAACAAAGCGUUCUCGGUGACUGAUCUCGUUUCGCCAGCUUGGUGCGAGCUGCAGUACUGGUUCACGUUGACCAAACAUGGGGGCCAGAAAAAGAGAACUGCUGCGAUGAAGAAGGGGAGCUCCAUACACAAGACCCUCGAGGAUGAGAUCUACACUACAGUCCCCGUGGAAAUCACAACUAAAGAGGAUGCGUGGGGUCUCAGGAUAUGGAAUGUUAUUCAGGGACUGCGCAUGCUGCGCGAUUAUGGCGUUACGCGUGAGAUGGAGGUUUGGGGCGUGGUCGAUGGGGAAUUUGUCAAUGGCAUUAUUGAUCAGUUGUCCUACGAGUGUCCAGACUCGGAGCUUGAGGCUACUGCUGCUGGUUACUAUGCGGAUAUUGUAGCGUCGCGAGCUGCGCUGCCGGAGUAUCAAAUGUCCUUAUCGGACUUUUUGCUUUCUUCUUCGCAAGGCGGGAUGAAGCUUUCGGAUCUGGGGCAGGGUGAAGCUGAGAAAACGGGGCAUGUUGAGACAGAACUGCCUGCGGCGGUCUAUGACCUGCCCCGGAUUUAUUUGACAGACGUGAAGACGAAGGGUAACAGAUCACUACCGAAUGUCAAAAGCACGGGGUUUCGACCUACUCUUCUCCAGCUGCAACUAUACUACCAUAUGCUCAACCGGCUGAUCACGAGCGACGAUGUCACCAUUGACCUCCUCGCCACUCGUUACGACUUCGACGCCGAGAAACCGUUCACGAACGCCUUCGUCUCUGAGGUUGGCGGCCUGAACGACCAAUUCUUCGAUGCUCUUUCCUCCCAAGAAUCCGAACAGAAUGAGGGUCCUUCUACUGCUAGCCAAGACUCAACCGGAAUACUCCUAACUCAUAAUAACCUCUCCCGUCUUUGGAGUCUUAUGAUACAACAACUCCGCCUCACAUUCCUCCCCGAAAACUCCCCCGACACACAAUCCGUCGCACCAUCGAUCCCAUCAGUCUCCCAGCCAGAGCUCUUGGAACCAUACUCAACCCUCCUCUCCCCAGUGCUCACAGCUAGAUAUCUUUCAUCCGUCGCCAAUGAAGACCUAGACAGACAGCUCAUCGGAAGCAGAUCUUUCCUCUUCGAUCCGACAACCCUCACCUCCCACCUCACCGACCAGAUGACCUGGUGGCGCGGCAAGCGAGAUCCCCGUGGCGUGGAUAUCAUGGACGCAUGGAAAUGUCGGAUAUGUGAGUUCCGCGAUGAGUGCUCCUGGCGCGAGGAGCGUGAGAUGGCUUAUGCGAGACGGGGUGGAGGUCGGAGAGCUGGAUCCAUUGCGGAUAUAUGA